CAAUUAUUUGAGUUUGAUCUUCGAGAAGAUUAGGCCUUCAGAACCGAACGUGUCGAAGUCUACUAAAACACGCCUACAGCUGGCCCAAUAUAAAUGGAGCAAACCCGAAAAGAUGUAAUUGUUUCCCUGUUAUCGUCUCUGAUGCCAUAACCUUCUUUCUUCUUUAACCGUCUGAUCAAAUUUCAUUGACGUGGCAUACAUCAAUUGCUACAUCGGAAAUACGAAAUAGCGUAGCUAAACCGAGCUCCGAUAUCAGAAUCUGCUUGGAAAAUGGAACCAUGGGUCGCUCUAGGGCAAUUUCACGUCCUGCUGAUGAAGACGCAAGCCAGAGAUCAAAACGAAAAAAGACAGUUUCAAAUGCAGGGAGCGCACAGACUACAUCAUCACCAGCAUGUCAAGAAACAAGCGAAGGGAAAGCAGCAUUAUACCACUGUAAUUAUUGCAAAAAAGACAUCUCUGGGUUCAUUCGUAUCAAGUGUGCAGUGUGUCCAGAUUUUGACCUUUGCGUAGAGUGUUUUUCUGUUGGAGCUGAGGUUACUCCUCAUAAGAGUAGUCAUCCAUACAGGGUUAUGGACAAUUUGUCUUUUCCGCUCAUUUGUCCUGACUGGAAUGCAGAUGAAGAGAUAUUACUUCUCGAGGGCAUUGAAAUGUAUGGAUUUGGGAAUUGGGCUGAAGUUGCAGAACACGUUGGAACCAAGAGCAAGUCAAAAUGCAUUGAUCAUUAUAAUGCCAUUUACAUGAAUUCCCCAUGCUUUCCUCUUCCAGUAAGAUUGCGGUCAAAUCAUGUCAUAUUCAUCCACGACAUGUCUCAUGUUAUGGGAAAGAGCAGAGAGGAGCUCGUUGCAAUGGCCAAGGGACAGUGUGAAAUCAAGAAAGAGUUCCCUGCAGUUGGGGAUCUUGUACUAAAUGAGGAGUCUCCAUUGUCUUCAAGAAUCAAAAGCGAAUCAUGGAAAAAAGAAGAUGUAGCUUGUAAAUCCUCGUCUAGCAUAAAAGCAGAAUUUGGCUCUUGUAUGAGUUCAAGCAGCUGCACAGAUGCAGUCAAGAAGGCUUCCAACACGAACCAGAUUAAGGAUGGCAUUAAAGUGGAAGAAUCUCUGGCAGAUUGGAGUAUUGGAGAGAAAAAACUUAGGAUUUCUGGAGAGGAACAGCCUUCCAUGACAGAGUUGAGCGGUUAUAAUUCCAAGAGACAUGAAUUUGAAAUAGAAUAUGAUAAUGAUGCUGAACAAAUACUGGCGGAUAUGGAAUUCAAGGCUUCUGACACUGAUGCAGAACGUGAGCUGAAACUGCGAGUGCUGCGUAUCUACUCAAAAAGGCUUGAUGAAAGGAAACGGAGGAAAGAUUUCAUUCUGGAAAGAAAUUUACUUUACCCAGAUCCAUUUCAGGUUAACCUUUCACAGGAGGAGAGGGCAAUAUAUGACCGUUACAAGGUCUUCAUGAGGUUCCACUCAAAAGAAGAGCAUGAAGAGUUGAUGAAGAGUGUAAUUGAGGAAUACCGAAUUGUCAAAAGAAUACAGGAUCUUCAGGAUGCUCGAGCUGCUGGGUGUCAAACAGCUGCUGAGUUGAACAGAUUUCUUGAGGAGAAGCGAAAGAAGGAAUCUGAUGAAAGUGCUCAAAGAGUGAAAGAAAGUCCAAGUGGUAAAGUGUUGCAGAGACCUAGUAGUCUUAAAGUAGAAGCUGAUGGCAGCCCCCGCGGAGUUGUUACCGGAUCCACUGGUUUGCAUAACAGUGGCAAGGACUCAUCUUUAACUAUUACAAGGCAAAUCUCUAGCUCCUUGGAUCAUUGGGAUAUCUCUGGAUUCUUAGGGGCUGGUUUGCUCUCUGAAUGCGAGAAGCAUCUUUGUGGCGAGAUAAGAAUACUACCUUCUCAUUAUCUCAAUAUGCUACAGACAAUGGCAGUGGAGAUUAUGAAGGGUACUAUCACCAAGAAGUCUGAUGCACAUCGCCUGUUUAAGGUGGAGCCAAGCAAAGUGGAUAAAGUCUAUGAUAUGCUGGUGAAGAAAGGAAUGGCUCAGGCAUGACAAACAUUACCAGUGGGAUUACCAGCUUGCGCAAAUUUUUUUGUUUUUCGUGGUAGUGAAAAUGCUUCCUCAUCUUGUAUAUUAACUCUUAACAUAGGCAAAUGUGUAAUGAAGAAAUCUUUUACAGUGUUACUUUGUCGACUGAUGGCAUUGUUAUUGUCGGCAAAUUUUUUGAAGUCGAAGUCACUGCAACUUUUGGCAAGCUUAA